CUUUGAUUCUGGCUAUCCGCUCCUUCGCAGGCAGCGGCGUGGUGGACUGCAUGGAGUUCUUGGCCGUGGGCAGCACCGAAACGACGCGGCGUGAAGCCAACGCUGACUGCGUGUGCGAUGCCUUCCAAUUUUGUCGACAUGUCUAGGGCUCACGUGUUGCCUUUGGUUUGUGGAGUUGAUGCACCUCCUUCCACCAACUGCUAUGUUGGUGCUCCGCCAUCCGCCAUCUCAGCACCACCGUUCACUUCAUCCAUCUCUCUCCUUACUAACACCCACGCACCAACCAGAAACCCUCAUUCACGAGAUCCGCCAUUUAGCGUCGCGCUCCGCUGUUCUGCUGUUGCAACAGCACGGCGCCGCCGCCGGCACUGUUUCUCCCCACUGAUUUCCACACCUCGCAUGCUCUCCUUUCCGUUUUCUUUGGGCCAGACAUCAAUUCAAGUUGUUUCUUCUAAAAUUGGGAUGUGAAUUCAUUUUAUCUUCGAUUAAGAAGAGAAAAAAAGUAGAUUCAAGAUAAGGUAUUUAUGUAAGACAAUUUUCCUUAAAUUUCUUUUUAUGGUGAAGACAUUGAGUGAAUUUUGUUGGUUUGAUACUUUGAUUGCUGAAAUCCAUAUUUAUGAAUAAAACUGUUGGUGAAAUCAGAGAUCUGAAAGUUUUGAAAUUGUUAUUGAAAUCACGUUUAUGUAGAUAAUGCCUGAAAUUUUGGAGGAAAAAACUGUCAACUUUUUAGUUGGGAAAAUAGAAAACUCUGUUUUCAUAUAUACUCCCUCCUUGAAUGGAUUGGGCCGAGUUACGGCCUAAUUUACAUUUGGUAAGUCCAAUAAGAUGAUAUUCCGCCCUUUUUCUACUUUCACACUUUUGAAUAGCUCUUCCCUUUCUCCUUUCUCGAAAGUCGCCGACGACAAUGUCGAUUGCCGCCGCCAUAACGCUGCCGCCAACCGCUGUUAAACAUCGCUCUCUAUCAUCACCAUCUCCUUCUCUUUGGCUCUCAUCUUCAUCAUUUCAGCCGCCGAAGAAUCUCCCGUCCGUCGCCAUCUCAGCUAAUCUCCGAGUUUUCUCUUCCAUGAGCAUUCAGGCUCCGCAAAAGGCCUCCGCGACAUCGUUUCUCGAUCACAAGGAAAGCGGAAUUCUUCAUUUCGUCAAGUACCACGGACUCGGCAACGACUUCAUAUUGAUUGAUAAUCGAGAUUCCGAGGAACCCAAAAUAACAACCAAGCAAGCUGUGAAAUUGUGUGAUAGAAACUUCGGCAUUGGCGCUGAUGGAGUGAUAUUUGCAUUGCCAGGCACUAAUGGCACAGAUUAUACGAUGAGGAUCUUUAAUUCUGAUGGUAGUGAGCCUGAGAUGUGUGGUAAUGGAGUCCGAUGCUUUGCCAGAUUUAUAGCUGAGCUUGAAAAUCUUCACGGGAAAAAAAGCUUCAAUGUGCAUACAGGUGCUGGCCUCAUUGUACCUGAGAUACAGGAAGAUGGAAAGGUUAGAGUUGAUAUGGGUCAGCCAAUUCUGGAGGCUUCGGAUGUUCCUACAAAGUUAACUGCAAAUAAAGAUCGGGCUGCUGUUAAGGCAAAGUUGGAUGUAGAUGGAUUGGUUUGGAAUGUUACUUGUGUUAGCAUGGGAAAUCCACACUGUGUCACUUUUGGUACAGAAUCAUGCAACGAUUUGCAAGUAGAUGAACUAAACUUAGCUGAAAUCGGUCCAAAAUUUGAACAUCAUCUGAUGUUCCCUGCCCGAACUAACACAGAAUUUGUUCAAGUCUUCUCUCCAAGUCACCUUAAAAUGCGUGUCUGGGAACGUGGGGCAGGUGCAACGCUAGCCUGUGGAACAGGAGCUUGUGCAGUGGUUGUUGCUGCAGUUCUGGAGGGUCGUGCAGAUAGAAGAUGCACUGUCGAUUUGCCUGGAGGGCCUCUGGACAUCGAGUGGAGAGAAAGUGACAAUCACAUCUACAUGACUGGCCCUGCAGAAUUUGUAUUUUAUGGAUCUCUUACCCUUUGAAUUCAUGGUUUCAUGAAACUAAAUGUAUUAUUACAAACUUUGAUAUGAAAUCUUUACUUAUUCUA